GGGGUGGGUGGGGGUGACGCGGGAGCCCCGGGGCUGCCGGCGGCUGCUCUGCGGCGGCGCCGGUGCCCGUGCCCGUGCCCGCCUUUCCCCGGUCCCCGCGCCGCUCUUUGCAGGGCGGACGUGCGGUGGAUGGGAGGCGGCAUGGGGCCGGGAAGGGUCCCGGCGGGGGUCGCUCGGCACGGAGCUGCCCUGACGGCUUGAGCGGCGGGACCGGCCUGGCGCGGUUUGAGGGUGGUGGCGAAGGGGGCGGGCGGGCCGGGCCGGCUGCUGUGAGCCCCCGAACAAAAGCAACCCCCAAACACCCCAAACAUUGCUAUUUUUUUAUUAGGAGAACGUAAUUGCAUUUCAGUGGUUCUACAUCUACCUUUUUUUCCCCUCCUCUCAUUACCUCUGUCUUCUGUCCUACCGUUCACUUUUUACACACUUAGUCGUUCACAAGCCCCCUGGUAUUUAGAGUUGCCUUGUAGCUUCAAGAAAAUAUCCUUACAGAGUUGGAGCCUGGUUUUGCUGCCGAGAUAUCACCAAGCUUGGCAGAAAUUCAACACCUGUGCAAUGAAAUAAUAAAAAUGAUGAGUUCAGGAAUUUAUCUGUAUUUAAAUUCUGUUUCUCCAGUGAGGCCCAAUAUUGAAUAUUCACAUAUCUGAUCUGCUUGCAUGUGAAGUUGUUCAUGUGUUCUACAGCCCCAUAAAAGAAUAAUAAAUGAUUUUAUGUUCCAGCAGACAAUGUUAAGAGUAAAAGAUCCUAAGAAGUCAUUGGAUUUUUAUACAAGGGUUCUUGGAAUGACACUGCUUCAAAAAUUUGACUUUCCUACUAUGAAGUUCUCACUGUAUUUCCUGGGCUAUGAAGAUAAAAACGAUAUCCCAAAAGAUAAAACGGAGAGAACACCUUGGACCUUUUCUAGAAAAGCUACACUCGAACUGACACACAACUGGGGCACUGAAAGUGAUGAAAAGCAGUCUUAUCACAAUGGCAAUUCAGAUCCCCGAGGAUUUGGACACAUUGGAAUUGCUGUUCCUGAUGUCUAUAAAGCUUGUAAGAGGUUUGAAGAACUAGGAGUGAAAUUUGUGAAGAAACCAGAUGAUGGUAAAAUGAAAGGACUUGCAUUUGUUCAGGAUCCUGAUGGCUACUGGAUUGAAAUUUUGAAUCCUAACCACAUGGUGACUCUCACUUAAUUCUAAUGAAGUAUAGUAUAUAAGAGAUGCCCACUUGCAGUCCCCUGGCGAAAAUCUGUAACAGUGUUGGCAAAAUUCUUGUUUAAUAGGAUUCAGUCAUGUUCAGAGUCUCCUCUAAAACUAUCCCCUGGGACUUGACUGUACUUGGAUUCCUUUUUUUUCUUGUCCUGUGAUGCCACCACAAUUUGUUUCCAUGUAGGAAUACUGAACCAUUUUCUGGAAGAGCACUUACACAGAUUCUCCUCUUGAACAUUGAUUAUGUUAAUAUUUCACUAAACACUGUCAAAAGAUAUGUUGACUGGAAACUCACUGCAUCCCACACUGCUUAGAUUUAAACUAACAACAAAAAGUCCUCUGUUACUACUGAUGAGCUUCAACAAGGAAGACAAAAAGAAUAUUUUUGAAGUAAAAAGAUCCUGAAGACUUCAUGCCCUAUCAUGUAUACUAGAAUGUAUAAAUAAUAAAAUGUCAGAUGAACUUUGACUUAAGUAGUAGCAUGUUUAUCGAAGUUCUAAUCUUAUAUUAUAUUAGGCAAACCUCUUUAAGGAGCAGCCUUAAACAGUCUUGAAACAAGAAACUUUGUGGAGGCAAUCAAUCAGUCCAGCAGAAAGAAUUCAGUCUUGCAGCUCCUGACUGCUGAUUUACAGCCAAGAUAAGAGGUCUCAUAGCUGCUAACUCACAGUGACCCUUCUUGUCUCUUUCAACACUAUGAAGAACUUGCUCAUAAUUUUUGUUUCAGUGCAAGGCUGGGGCUGUAUUUAACUUUAAUGCUCUGUACAUUCUGCAUUGGGAAAUUAAUAAAAAUAGUAUCUGAAACAACA